AUGUGCACAGCUCUGGACACGAUCAAGGUGCGCAUGCAGCUCUCGCGUAGAGGCAAGAAGGCGGGCGAAAAGCCCCGAGGUUUCAUCGCUACGGGUGCGCACAUCGUAAAACGCGAGACGCCGCUGGGUCUGUACAAGGGUCUAGGCGCCGUCGUGGCAGGUAUCGUGCCCAAGAUGGCCAUCCGAUUCAUGAGUUUCGAGCAGUACAAGAACGCGCUGGCGGACAAGCAGACGGGCAAGACGUCCGCGCAGGGCAUCUUCCUCGCGGGUCUCGGCGCCGGUACCACGGAAGCGGUGGCGGUGGUCAACCCGAUGGAGGUGGUCAAGAUCCGCCUGCAAGCGCAGCAGCACUCGCUCGCCGACCCUCUCGAGGUGCCUCGGUACCGCAACGCUGCGCACGCGCUGUACACCAUCAUCCGCGAGGAAGGCUUCAUGACGCUCUACCGUGGGGUUGCGCUCACCGCGGCACGACAGGCGACCAACCAGGCCGCCAACUUCACCGCCUACCAGGAGCUCAAGAGCGCCGCGCAAAAGUACCACGGCACCACCGAGCUGCCUUCGUACGAGACGGCGGUGAUCGGAUUGAUCUCGGGAGCGCUGGGACCGUUCUCGAACGCGCCCAUCGACACGAUCAAGACGCGUAUCCAGCGAGCAUCCAAGGUCGAGGGCGAGACGGCCAUCAGCCGUGUGGUCAAGGUGGCCAAGGACAUGUUUGCCCAGGAAGGUGCCAGCGCCUUCUGGAAGGGUAUCACACCUCGUGUUGCGCGUGUCGCUCCCGGACAGGCCGUGGUGUUCACCAUCUACGAAAAGGUCAAGGGCUACAUCGAGGCAGCCAAGGCAGGCGAAUUCAGCCUGACCGACACUCGAUCCGACGAGUAG